AUGGGGAAAACAACUCUUGCUCGACUUGUUUACAAUGAUCCCAGCAUUAAGGAGUCUUUAGAUCACAAGUCCGGUAUGCGUUUCGAUGACUUUGAUGUUGUUAAAAUAACAAAGACGAUUUUAAGAUCCUCGAUCUUUGACUCACGUGAUGAGAAUGACUUGAACUUGCUUCAAGUCAAGUUGAAGGAGAAGUUAUCCGGAAAAAGGAUGUUGCUUGUUUUAGAUGACAUUUGGAACGAGAGUUACAGUGAUUGGACCAUCUUACGGUCUCCAUUUGGAGCAGGAACCAAGAUUAUUGUAACAACUCGACUCCAAAAGGUUUCAUCUAAUGUCGAUUCGGUGAAAGCGUUUUACUUGGAUAAACUCUCGCAUCAUGAUUGUUUAUCCAUAUUUGCUCAGCAUGCAUUGAAAGCAAGAAACUUUGAUGGGCAUCUCCAAUUUAAAGAAAUUAGAGAGAACAUAGUGAGAAGGUGCAACGGCUUACCUUUGGCAGCAACAGCCAUUGGAAGCUUAUUACGCAAACUUAUGGAUCAUAGUGAAUGGGAAACAAUAUAUGAGAGCGAGAUAUGA